CACCUCGCCAGACUCCAUAUCAAGGAAGCCAUCUCUCCCCUCUCUUCCCCUUGUCGACUUCUCUCUUCAAAGCUUUGCCAUGGCGGUGCCUCAACACCACCUUCAACUAAGCUACCAAUCUCAGCAGCAGCAACAACAAACCAGAAACUUCAGAAAUUUUUACACUACCGACGGUCAGAUUUCGCCGCUGAUUACCGGUUACAUCCCAGCUAAUUUUCCGGAUCAGUCUCAGCAUCCUCCCUACGUACCUGCCUCUCAUGUGGCAGGGUUUGCACCUAGUCCCGUCCCUGUGACCGAUGUUAGUGAUGUAGGAGCUGAUUUACAAUGGAAUUUUGUUAUGGAACCCAAGAAUAAGCAAUUGAAGGAACAUGACUUUUUGGAAAACAAUUCACAGAUAUCAUCUGAUGAUUUCCUGCAAGCUCAAUCAGGGUCAAAAGGUAUAGGUCUGUCUCUUGACAAUACACGUGUGGCAACCUCAGGUGACGCGACUUUGCUGUCACUCAUUGGUGAUAACAUCGAUCUUGAGUUACAGCGACAGGAUGCAGAGAUUGAUAGAUUCCUCGAAGUACAGGGGGACAGGCUACGCCAAGCUAUCUUGGAUAAGGUUCAGGCUAGCCAACUUCAAAUUGUGUCAUAUGUGGAAAAGUCAAUUCUUCAAAAGCUCCGUGAAAAAGAAGCAGAGGUGGAGAGCAUUAACAAGAAGAAUUUGGAACUUGAAGAGCGAAUAGAACGAGUGUCCAUGGAAGCUAGUGCUUGGCAACAGCGAGCCAGAUACAAUGAGAACAUGAUUAGUGCACUCAAGUUUAAUCUUCAGCAAGUCUAUGCCCAAAAUCAGGAUAGUAAAGAAGGAUGUGGUGAUAGUGAGGUGGAUGAUUCAGCUUCAUGCUGCAAUGGCCGUACCCUUGAUUUCCAUCUGCUCUCCAGGGAGCACCAUAAUGACAUGAAAGAGUUGAUGACUUGCAGAAUAUGUAGAGUGAAGGAAGUCUGCAUGCUUUUGUUACCUUGUAAGCAUCUCUGCCUCUGUAAAGAUUGUGAAAGUAAGCGUAGCUUUUGUCCUGUGUGUCAGUCCUCUAAGUACAUUGGCAUAGAAGUAUAUGUGUAAUGGGAUAUAUGUAAAAGCUUUAAUACUAUACUGAUCUUGGCAUCUUGCAUGCAUUUAGCAUAUAACCCGUCACAGCACCAUCACCCCCGAUGUUCUAAGGGGUUGGGCUGUAACGUUACUAGAUUGGGUUGCAUUGCGGGCCGGUUCAGCCCAAACAGCCAAGUAACUGCGUGUCUCCAUUUGAGCCCAAUAAUAUAGGGGCCGUA